GUUGUCAUGGCUCUUCGUAUCCCGGUAUCAUUCCUCCUCCUGUCACCUCUGCGAGCAGUUGCCAGUCCCGCGAGCAGAACAAGAGCCAUGUCCAUAAAGGUUGGAGAUCAACUUCCUAAUGUGCAGGUGUAUGAGGGGGGGCCUGGGAACAAGGUCAACAUCAGAGAUUUGUUCACUAACAAGAAGGGGGUGCUGUUUGGUGUCCCUGGGGCAUUCACUCCUGGCUGCUCUAAGACACAUCUGCCGGGGUAUGUAGCUCAGGCAGCAGAGCUGAAAUCCCGCGGAGCAGCAGUUGUUGCUUGCAUCUCUGUUAAUGACGUGUUUGUAGUGAGCGAAUGGGGAAAGGUGCAUGAAGCAGAAGGGAAGGUUUGCAUGCUGGCAGAUCCCUGUGGAGAAUUUGCCAAGGCGUGUGGGCUUCUUUUGGACAAAAAGGAAUUAUCAGAAUUAUUUGGAAAUCAGCGUUGCAAAAGAUUUUCUAUGGUGGUUGAAGAUGGAAAAAUUAAAGCCAUUAAUGUAGAAGAAGACGGGACUGGUCUGACCUGCAGCCUGGCAGGAAACAUAAUAUCUCAGCUUUAAGAGACGACUUGAGAGUCAAAAUGUAACUGCUCUCCGUUAGACAAGAUCACUACAAACACGUUUUGUCUAUGUUACACAAAUAUUAAAUAAAUGGCUAUAUGAACAGU